GCGUGCGCAGGCAGACGGCGCUAAGCACGCAGCGGCUCGCUGAAAACGCUGCGAGACCGGGCUGAUAUGAGCGCUUGUGGUCAUUUACGCACGUUUGGAAAUUAUUUGACCUGCAGAGUCUUGUUGUGAGGACCACCGGCUGAGCUGCCGUAAAGGUUAAAGGGUAAGAUGGUGAGGUUGGACCUGGGAAAUGUAGUGCUGAGGCGGAUGAAGGAGGAGGACGUUGAGGCCGUUAAGGCCCUCAUAAAGGAGGGAUGCGAAGGGACAGAGAACCGCCUCAUCCUUCACCUCCUCACUCGUCCGCUGGCACUGCUCAUGCUGGCCACGUUGUCCUCCGUUCUCCGCUUCUUGGUGCACUCUUUCAUCGUGGCCCUGCUAAUCCCUGUCUUCCUUUGCAUCGUCUACCUCAAGCUCACCAUCCCGCGCUCCACGGGCAUCCUAGGCUCCACCAGGCCGUUCUGGGACUACUUGGGCAGCUGUUAUCAUGCCGGUUCUGAGCCGGAUCUGCCCAACCCACAUGCCGCCAAAGCCAAGCUACUCACCAACCAGGACAAGGCCAAACGUCGCAAGAAGGCCAAAGAGCUAGAGAGAGGGAAGACGAAGGAGGAGAAGGUGGAUGAAGAUGACUUGAAGGAGAGGGCCCGGGUGGCAGGGGAGGUGUGGGUUGCAGACUGUGAGGGUGAAGUGCUAGGCUGCGUGGCCCGUGACGGCUGGAGCCGGGAUGGGGUUUAUCGCAUAUGCAGGCUGGUGGUGCAGAGCUGGUACAAAAGAGAAGGUCUUGGAAGGCUGCUGGUCCAAAGCCUGGAGGCCAAAGCCAGGCAGAGUGGCAUCGCCAGGGUUUACGCUCACGUACCCUUCCCCUCCAAAGUCGGUGAGGCAUUUUUCAGGAAACUGGGCUACCGGCUACAAGGCGAGACGGCUGGAGUUCAAGAUGAGGAGGAGGAGGAGGAUGAUUACGAAGAGCCAGAGAAAGGCUGGCUUGGGUUCCCAGUGACUAAAGUGUUUGUUAAAGACUUGUGAGCGUGAUUGUAAUGGAAGGGAGUUGUUUACCGUAACUACAAUAUUUGUCUGAAAUUAUACAAUAAGCGCAUACUUUGGGAUGUUACUAAGAUUAUUUCCAAAAUCCAGUAAAAACAAUGGAAUUGUAUUGUCUUCUUGAAGAAGGCGGACGUGGCGCAGCGCUGACUGAGUUGCUAUAUUUAGUCGUCUGCAGUUUCAUUUUUAAAAAUGGAGAAUUAGCUCACAGACUAGGGGCAGCGAGCACUGCGGUGGGUUUUCAGUGGGUUUGGGUGAGUAAAGGAGCUCAAAGAGCACGGGGUUUUACCAAGGUAGAUGGAUUGGUUAGUGAGCAAUCUUUAAACUAAUUUUCAAUGCUUCAGUGCUACGUUCCUGGCUUGGUCACGCAAAAUACACCUUCAUAGAACAUCUCCCUGAGACGAGGGGGGCUAGGAGACUGUGUGAUAGACAUUUUGAAACACGAUAAAGGCAUUUUGAAGCUUACUGUUUUAAGGUUUCACUAUGAAGUAUUCAUGAUAAAGGCCCAACUAAUACAGUGCAAGAGUGAUAACCGGUAAUUGAAGGGGAAUUCCAUCGAUUUUUAACCGUUUCUGCACAGUUCAGUCAUUGACAUGCUAUUCAGAGUGGUUUGGUGUGGAAUGGCUGAUUGUAGAGACUCAGAUUUCUUUACAGUGGUGCUGAUAGGAACCAGGGGUCGCCAUGACAACAACACAA